UCUUCUUUUCUAUCUUGAGAUACUACAAUGCCAGCCGGUGCAGCUGGCCCCUCUUCGAAUUGGCUCGCACUACAGAAGACACUACCCAAAACGAAAACUCGACCACGCGAGUCCCGGGAUUCAUCCGACUUACCUCGGAAGCGGAGAAAGAUCGAGCAGGAAGAAUUACCUUCUCACUCCACUUUGAAGACUACGAAGACGUCUGCAACGCGAAAUCAAGACAAUCAUGGAGAGUUGGAAGAAAUGCGCAACGGCGAGUCGCUGACAACGUUACGCAAGAUGGUUGCAGGGAAUGUCGAGUACACCGAGGCCCAGACUCAGCCAGGCAAGUAUCUCGCCCUCGACUGUGAAAUGGUUGGUGUAGGAUCAGAAGGCGAGGAAUCAUCGCUCGCACGCGUUAGCAUCGUCAACUUCUACGGUGCCAUUCAAUUGGAUGCUUUUGUCCGUCAGCGAGAGCGCGUUGUGGACUACCGAACUCAGUGGAGUGGCGUCCGCGAAUCCGACAUGGUCAAUGCGCGUCCAUUCGAUGAAAUACAAGGGCGCGUCGCGGCCCUACUAAAAGACCGGAUCCUCGUUGGGCACGCGCUUCAAAAUGAUACCAAAGCAUUAUUGUUGUCUCAUCCGCGUCCGUAUACCCGAGACACGCAGCAUUUGGCGGGCAAGCACAAAGUCGCCAAGUCCAAAUACGUCGCCUUGAGGAAUCUGGUCAAGCAGGAGCUGGGGAUCGGCAUUCAGGAAGGCGAGCAUUCUAGUGUUACGGAUGCGCGGGCAACGAUGGCUGUUUUUCGGAUUCAUCGUAAGGAAUGGGAGAAAGGCUUUCCUUCGUUACCAGCUUCAGGGACAACUCAACCGGACACUGGAGCAAGAGAACGGGACGAUGACAAUCCGGAAUCCGAUAGUUCAGACGACGAUGAUCAGGCGCCGGAGCCUGUACAAAAGAAGCAACCACGUCCACGCAGGCAUGCACCAACGAAAGCGAAAGGCAUCAGUUCUGGACUGACCACUAUCGUGCACAAGCGCGGUGUGGGGAAACGCAACCAACGGACCGCGAUUCGGAGUGGGGAGAAUCUUCCGAAAGCACAAUCGCAAUGGUGGAAUGUUCUAGGAAACGGUAGUGCUAAAGGGUCCAUGUCUCUUCGAAUGUGAAUCAAACCGCGCUUCAUCCGGUCCAGGUUUUGCUGUGCAUUCCUCCAUCUUAAACAGCCCCACCGGCAAUACAUUUUACUUCCGCCCCGAUCACGUAUAAGUGCGAGGAUGGCGCUCUCCUUUAACUAUCUCCCCCCUCCCACACUCCUUGUUUUCCCGCUCCUGAGAUUAUCCCCAAUCACCGUCCCUCUUUUCCCUCCCCGAUGUUGAAAGACCUGCACACCAGCCCGACCUCCUCCUCAAGAACGAGAUACCGGCCAGUGUCUCUGCCCGUCUAUCUCGAUUACAAGAGGGGGUCGGUCGCAGUUUCCCCUGCCUGCAGGCGCCACCCCAGUGGGGCCAUGGAUUCUCCAUCCCCUUCUCCCCAGCACUCCCUAACUUCGAAAUCUCCUUUUCUCAACCUCACUGCGCUUCCGCGCUUUGUGCGUCCUGUUCCGCGUACCGCCACAAUCCCCUGUCCCACCCAACGGUCCUUCCGUCCCCAACAAAACGAGUCUCGUUGCCUGCAGAUGCUGAUUCACGGUCUUUUCGUUGCCUUCGAGGACGACUUUGUUGACUCUGGAGUCGCACGAGCCGAAGACCUCCGAGCAGACGGAGGCCGGCCAUUCACGCACUACAUCUCUCUCUCCACCCGCCAUUCUGCCCAAAUCAAACCUUGCGCAGAACGCAAGACGGGGGCGCAGAAACUGAAGUUGCGACUUCCCAGGCUGUACAGCCCCGAGCCACCGACUCCCGCUGAAAUCGACGCCAAAGUUCAGCGCGCGCGGGACGAAGCACUGGCACGGGGAGAAGCCCUUUGCAAGGAAGACUACUUCGACAUCCUGUUCGACGAGGGAGAAGCCAGUCGAUUCACGUCUCUUGACGAAAGGCAGCUCCUCGCAGUACGAGAUUUUCUGUAUGAGUCUGGGCUGAGCACGGAUGAAAACGUGCGAGUGCUGCUGACCACACCGCGGGAUCACAGGACGGAUGCUAUGGCGGCCGUCCUGGGCUACCUCUCGCUUGUCCUCGGCCAUCGCAUGGCUCAUAUUUUGCAUGCGCAGGACAACCAUCCCAGAAUCCUCAGCAUCUGGAAAGACUCCAUCUCCCGCGAGUGCAUUGAGUACCUCGAGGAUGUUUCUCGUUUGUCAUAAUCGUUCCUUUCAUUUUGCAACCUUAUCAUAGUCUCCACCUUCUUUUGCACCACACUCAAACCAUCAUCGGCAAACGAAGCUACCCACCUCAUGAGACAUUCUUAUCAAGUCUUGAAUGUAUCCUUUCAGAGGUAAAAGUGCUCUAUCAGACGGCACGCGUCUACGCAACGACGAACAAUUGAUACCUGCAUGAUUCUCCUUGCGGACGAUGGAAUUUGACGUAUCCGCCCCGAGUGGACCUGGUAGCUAUAUCACCCCCACAUGAUCUAAUUGUACAGCCAGUGCAUUCGUCUGGCCAACGGCGCGCUCAGCCUGACGUCCCUUCUCUCCUACUUCUAUUGCUACUGCUCUUUCUCUCCCUUGUAUUCUCUUGAUCAUUGGCUGCAUGGGCAAAUGUCGGGACAAUCAGAUUCAAAUUCACUAGCUCAGUCACUCGACAAUGCAGGCAUUCAUAUGCAGCCCGGUGCGUUCAUAGCCAUCAUCGCCGGGGCUGCGGUGCUCUUCAUUGUCGCCGUUGCGGUCGCUAUAUGCGCGUAUCAGCGGUCUAAACGUAGGAGCCCUACGUAUGACACCGAGGAAUCCGACAUGUCGCUCGCGUCCUUCGCACAGCCCCGACCCACUCUCCCAUCACAUCGUUCUUCGAAGUCUUCUAUGAAUGCACGACAUGCAAAGGAGAGUUUAUUGGACCGGGAAGCCAGACAGCAGGAGGAAACGUAUCAGCAAUUAUUGAUCGACUUGCGCCAACCCGCAUUCCGUGCUAGCCAGCCCCCACUCCCCGAUCAGACGCCCAGAUGGCCUUCAUUUGGUGACUGGGAGGAUCAAAUGCGACCGAAAGAGACUGCUGCCAAGGUGUCGAGAUCGAGCGACCUGAAACGCGGGCUGUCCUUCCGAUCCCAGUCGUCUGUCUCGGAAUACUCGACGGCCUCGGCUCCAAGAGAUGCGCAGGGGCAUACAUAUACGUCGUUCACCGCGCAUCUUCCUACUGUUCCAGCAUCACC